AUGUCUCAAAAUAGGAAAUCCAGAAUCUUACACCACCACACUUCUUCGAUCCUCAAUGCAGCAUCCUCAUCUUCAAACAAUACACCCAGAAGAUCCGAUAUGCAACAUUCAAAUUUAUUCAAAAUAUAUGACUAUUCCGAUCAGGCCAGGCAUAUUAGCUUGAGUACAUUUUAUGAAGGAAAACCAUACUCGUCACAAAUUCAUUCAAGGGAUCAUAAAGCUCAUUCAUCGAUUGCAAAAAUAGUUGGAUCGUUUGAAUUACUAGAACAAGUGGAGAUUGACAAGAAGGAUUGGAAAGAUGCAAUCAAGUCAUUGCAAAAAAGAGGUGAGAUAAGAACAGACUAUGAUGUGGCGCUUCUUGUUUCGUUAGCAAAGAGGUUAAAGUUCUUCUCUGAUCCAUCUCUCGAACUUGCUGACCAAGACAUUGAAGAAUGCAUGAGAUUUGCUUCAUGUGAAACCUUGAAAAUUAAUGACAUUAUUUGUGAGCUCGAACACAACACAAGACCGUCCUUUUUUUAUGUUGUUCUUAAGGGAAGUGUUGGUGUAUUAUUAUCAUCCUAUCCGGCUACAUCAUAUUACUCCAAAAUGGGGUUGAAACCAAACCAGGUGAUGUCUGCACCCACCGAAUCUGUUGCUUCUCCAAGGAGUGGCUUGUCCUACAAGAAUAUUUGUUCUCUCUGUACAGGAGAUUCCUUUGGAGAGCCUUUUUUGAAUGACAUCUAUGCAAGAGAAGGUGCUUGGAAAUGGAUAUCAAACGAAGAAACUGAGAUACUUAAAAUACCGCAUGACGUUUAUACCAAAACACUAAGACACAAGCAUGAAAACGAAUUGAAAUCUCGAGUGAAGUUUUUAAAAACGUUAGUUCUUCCAAUAUUUGCUGGGUACAAAGACUCUACUUUAUAUGAGCUUGCUAAAGCUUUUUUUGUUCAACAUUUUCCUUCCAGACAUACAAUUCUUAGACAAGGAAAAGAAGGAAAGGUAAUGUACUUCAUCAAGUCAGGAGAGACGGCUGUUCUAAAGAGACUCAAGUUUCAGGAAAAUCUGGGCCACAAAAUUUUAGAAUAUGUGAAAUUUGUUGAGUUGUGCAGACUCAAGCCAAAGGAAUAUUUUGGAGAACGAGUUUUAAUUUAUGGAGGAGAAACAACCGAAGAGGAACAACAGCAGACUAACAGUGAGUCUAGCUCGGUCAUGUCUCCAAAAAAUAGAUACACCAGGCUUGCAUCCAUUUACACUACCUGUCCAACGGUUCUAUAUUGUAUCAAUAGAACAUGCUUCACAAAUUUUUUCAACAGGGAAGCGGUCUCUCGCAUGCAGAAAUAUGCGAGUACAUAUCCAAAAGAAAAAGAAAUCAGGAAAGUGUUUUCCCAACAACAAUCAUGGGAAAGGUUCAAGUCUAGACUUGUGGAAGAAAUCAUUGAAAUGCCAAAAGACUCGUUAACGUCUCCACGUAGUCGAAAAAUAUAA